UUCUCAAUAAGAAAAAAGAAGCAUCUGCAAUUAGUCAAAGUUUAAAUACAAGUAAUCAAGAAGAAGCAACUCAGUUUAAUUCAAAAUUAGAAACAUAUAAAAAUGAACAAAGUUUAGAGAAUGAAGAUAAACCUUUCUCCAAAACAAAUAAAAUGUCAGUCUUAAUUAAAAGAUUAAAAACUUUGGAGAAGCUUCAAACAGCUUAUAAUAAGAAUAUUUCUAGUUUAGGAACGGAGAGCAGUGACAAGGAUUUUAUUGUAUAUAUUUGA